UUCCUCCUUCAUUGUUAAAGAGGAAGUUUCUCACAAUCUCUGCAAUGGCGUUGUUGCUACAGCUGAUCUUCGUUCCCUCCACUCUGAUCUCAAUCACAGAGUCCAGUGAUGUGUUCAGAUUGGUUGGCGAUUCUGUUCAACUGGACAUACAGGAUCCUGUACCGGAGUUUGAUGGCUUAUCCUGGGUUUUUAACAGAUCUGAAAAUGUUCUAAAACAUUAUUCUGAAGUUAAAAAAACUAAACAGUAUCCUGGUUAUGAAGGCAGAGUGGAGUUCAAUGAGGAAACCUACAGUCUGACACUGAAGAACUUACAGAAGACUGAUAGUGGACUGUAUGAAGCAAAAGCAGUUGGUGCACAGAACAGAGUUGUUGCUGAGUACAGAGUCUCUGUGUUAGAUCCAGUGGAGGCUCCAGUCCUGACUCACCAGCUAAGCAGAGACACCUGUAACAUCACUCUCACCUGUAGAGGUCAUGACCUCUCUAUCAGCUCCAGCUGCUAUAAAGAAACCUGCGAAGAGGAGGAAGUGACAUCACCAGGAGGCGUCACCCUUUCCCUGUCUGUCAGUGGCAGCACCAUCAUCUGUAACCAUAGCAACCCAGUCAGCUGGAAGACGGAUGUUUUGGAGAUGAGAAAACUUAAGCGACUCUGUGCUGAUGAAGGUGAAGGUUCAGUGUCUCCCUCUGCUGGUGUAUCUGUGUGUUUCCUGAAGACUGUGCUGUAUUCUAUCACUCUGACUCUCAUGCUGUCUGCAGUCAUCACCGUCCACAUCAGAGAAAGACUGACCAAAUCAUCUUAAAGACAUGGAUGGUGUUGUAGUUAUAUGAUUCUUUGUUAUGUGAUCUUAUUACAGUCUACUCCACUGUAUUGCUGUAUUGCUGUACCUAACAGGCUGUUAUCACUUGCUGUGUUUUUGAAAGCUGUAGUGUACAGACUUUUAGCAUCACUGUUGUAGAACAAAAUCUUGUACCUCCAAAAUGACUGGAAGAGAGGAGACGGAAAAAACAGUUUACAUUUAAUGUAACUAAGUAGGACCAGACUUUUUUCCCCCCCAAGUAAUUUGGGGGCGUUUCAUUUGGUCGCUUCAUCAUGAAAUUGACACACAAUGUAAAGGGCAACAGAUUUUCAAAUAUCCAAAAGUUCAAAUGGAUUUGUACAUACUGUUUAUGCAUAUGAUUAUAAACAUCACUAAAGACAGUGAUGCCCCACAGCAGUAUUUUUAGUGAAGUGUUAAAAUUGACUUUUGGGUGGGCUUAAAUGUAUGAGCAACCUAAUAUUGAAGUGCUAGCAUUAUUACUGUAGUUCAUGCAUUUUUUUUUCCAAAUUUUAAAAGAUUGUUUCUAAAAACAGUAUCACUUGUAUUAAAGCGGAACAGAACUGUCCAUGUAUGGACACCAUGCAUGAAAGCAUUUCCACAGCUUUUUUGUUUUUCAGUAAAGUAUUUUGAAAUACAUUUAAUGCUAUAUAUGAAAGGCAUAUGAUGUUUUUUCCAGUUAAGCCAUUUUAGACAGAGAAGCUAAUGAAGAGAAACUCAACUAACCACAGAGGAAAACUAACAGGAACUAAUAGAUAUUAAAAAUAAUUUUGAUGUCAGACGUGUCAUUAAAACAUAACAUAUUUCAGUUAAUUAGUUGAAUGAUCAUUGCAGGUUAUUAAUUCUAUAAAAAUACACUCUGCUACCACUUUAAAAACUACUGCUAAUAGUUAUAUUGUGCUCAGUGUUCACUGAACACAUUAAACUGAAGGUUCUUUUUGUAUG